AUGACAAUAACAUCCAUUAUCACGACUACUUCAAUUCUCGACAUAGUUAGCACCAUGUCUGAAUACGACAAAAAAAUGUUCCACGAUCCUCCAUAUAAAUUACUCCUAUCUAUGGAUAAGCUUCUCGCACCCGCCAAAAGAACGCGUAAAAAUAAAAAAGAUUUGAAUAGUCCUCGACAACAAAACCAAUUCAUCAUCUUCCGUAAAAACUAUGAUGCAAAAUUGCGUCUACUCAAGACAAAUGCCAAAUUCCAAGAUAUUUCUAAAGAAUGCGGCGCCGAAUGGAGAUCGCAGCCUAGUGAAGUCAAGAAAUACUUUGAUCUGCUACAAAGAAUCGCUUUUAAGAUACAUAAACUCAUGUAUCCCAGUUAUCAAUAUAGUCCAAAGAAAAAAGAAUCGGUAUUUCGUGGAGACAACGAUGAGCUUUAUGAAUAUGACGAAGAUGAUGCUUAUGCUAAAGACGAUGAAAACAAUAACAGCAACAACAAUCGUGUAGCCUUGGAUCCUUCUUCUAUUAAUGUUUCCUCAUCCUCUUCUUCUAAUUCUGCCACAAUAAACUUGACCGAGUCUAGUUCUUUCUAUACUCCGAUUGACACGUCGUUCGAUAUUCAUCUAAAUGGGCCUACGUCCUUUAUAUUAGCAUCUUCUCUUACUCAAGAUCCAAUAACGAUGCCAGAAGAUUCACUUUCAUCUUCAAAUGAAUUGAAUCCCGACUACAAUUAUUGCGUUGAUACACUUGGAAUUACCAUAAACAACAAUAAUCUUCGAAACUUUACUUUCGACUCUUCGAUUUUACCUAAUUAUACUGAAGAUGCUGGUACAUCGAUCGAUACCGAUAUAUCUAAUGAGAUUAUCUUAUUGGAUCAAACAAAUAAUCCAUUAAUUUGUGCUGAAAAUAAUUAUCUGUUCGCUGAAACUAAUGGCAAGGAAAUAAUCGAUAAUAGUAUUGAUAUAAUUCCGGUAGACAAAUUCGUUUUUGCGGAAUCAAAAGAAUCUUUUGAAUCUAAUGUCAAUGAUAAUAAUAGUACUAAUAUUAUCAUUGCAACUACAAAUACCCUAACCAGCACCACAAUAUCUUCAAUCGUUCCAAAUGCCUCCUCGUUGAUUUCACCAUUACCACAAUUUCCAUUCAUCACUGAAUAUCUUAGUUACGAUUCUACAUCUUCGGCUGGAGAUUUGUCGAAAAUUACCUUCAACGAUUCGCCAUUUGACAAAUUUGCUUAG